UGCUGCCACCGUCACCUUACCUGUGUCUAGUCCGUCGUUAACGCUGUGGAGGAGGAACCCCAGUGCUGAAACUAUGGGCAUAGCGACAAUUCCUGGUGUUAUCCACAGAAUACAAACAGGUGAAGCCUCACCCACUGUUACAAGCAGACAGCGAGCCUGGACAGGACGUUGCCACAAACGGCCCGAUUGACUGUUCGUGAACAGUGUAAUGCAAUGGCCAAGGCUGGUGUCAUUGAAUACUCCACAAGUCGUUUGCUUUCACCAGUGAUUCUCGUCUGUAAGAAGGAUGGAAGACUCUACCCAAUGUUCCGAGGCUUCACACAACAAGAUUCUCAGGAGUUUCUGCGCUACUUCAUGGACCAGCUUCACGAGGAGCUCCGGGAACCUGUGCAUUCCUCACAUGAAGACGAGGAGAGUGAAAUGGAAGCAGAUGAUGAAGACCUCUCGUCUGCCAGUCUAUCAGAGCGAGAAGAGUCGCAGUCGGAGACCGAGUAUGAGACUUGUGACUCUGGGGUCUCGGAACAGUCAUCAGCCUCAUCUAGCCAGCAUCGCAGCAAGAGAAAAAAAAGGCAACAUGGUGUAGAUGUUGAAGCAGGCAUGAGUCAUAGAAGCAGUAAUCGGAACCUGAUCCUGCCCGACCACGACCCCAGCGAAUUCUCCGAUGCCGUGUCAGACACGACACUCUUGGAUACAGAAUCUGCGGGGGGACUGUCCUCCACCACCUCCCCACAGGUUCACUCCUCUGGCACCAGUGGCAUCGGCUCCAGUAAACCCUCCAUGGCAUCCCUUACAUCAUCUUAUAGAGAUCCUGUCCUGUCCUGUGAGUGUGUUGAUGCUGUAUGUGCUGCUGAUGAUGUGAGACCGGCGCUCGUUUGUCUAGUCCUCCGCUGCCGAGCGUGUCCUGUUUGCAUCGCGUUGAUUGCGCCAGAGCACCUUUGGUCAAAAUAGGUGGGUUUUGAUUAUUCCGAAAGGGAGUUGUUGCGGGUAGGCUUCCUCGUAAUAAAUUUGUCGGCAGCUUCGGACUCCUGUGCCCGUGGGUAAUUGUAGUGAUCUGAACAUUUUUAAGUGGGUUACCCCUUUGUUUUGUGGAGCACCAUCUCUUGGCCAAGCCCGCCUCUUCAAGAAGGGCUGGCCAAAAAUACCACUUUUUUAACAGUUAAUGUUUUAUAUUCUGUUUUAUUGAGUCCUACUUGGUUUAGUUGUUAGUUUUUAAUGUAUUUAAUUGUUUUAUUUGUAUGUUUGGUUUUUAAUGUCCUUAAUUGUUUUAUUUGUAUGUUUGUCCGUAUUUCUGUUUAUUUUUUAGUUCAUGACUUUAACCUUUUGUUUAUCGUAUUUCUAACUUUUAUUUAUGCUUAUAUUUAUAUUGAUUGUGCAAUUUUUUUUUUUUUUGUUAUUAUAACCAGCAAA